CGGAAGCAACAAUAGCACAAAAGCUUUGACUUCUUGUUCUGCGGCCUCCUCCUUUCACUAGAAGCUUUUUACAACACGCAAACAACACAAUUAUUUAAAAAAGGAAAGAAAAAAAUUUCUGUAAAAUCAAAGUUUGACCAGUCCAUUACUUUCUCCUCUAUAUUCAUUCAUCCUCCAUGGAGUUGACAAAAUCUUUAACCUGCGCCACAGCCCGUAGCCACCGCUGCAACAACCACCAAGAAGAGGUCUCUGAUGAACCACCCGUUGUAAUAAGGAAAACCAAGUGGAAGACAUGGCCGUAAAGAAAGCUGCUGAGGCUGCUAUUGAGGCUGUUGGUUUGGGAUUUGAUUUAGUUGUUGAUUUAAGUCUUAAGUAUUGCAAGAAGAAUUCCUCCCGAUUAAUCUUGAUGGACGAUGAAAAAGUCAGGGAUCUUGUGAUUCCAGGUGGAUUUUCUAUUCGUAACGUCCCUAAAUUCAUCAAAUGCGAUAAAGGCGAGCGCAUGAGGUUCAGCUCUGAUGUUCUUUCUUUCCAGCAGAUGUCAGAGCAGUUUAACCAGGAAUUAUCUCUUUCUGGAAAAAUUCCUUCUGGACAUUUCAAUGCUGCAUUUGAAUUUACAGGAGUUUGGCAGAUAGAUGCUGCCAAUACUAAAGCUCUUGCUUUUGAUGGUGUUUUUAUCACACUUUACAACAUUGCGCUAGAAAAGUCCCAGUUAGUUCUGUGUGAUCAUGUCAAAAAAGCUGUCCCUUCCUCAUGGGAUCCUGCUGCAUUGGCAAGUUUUAUAGAAAAGUAUGGUACUCAUGUGGUCGUUGGCAUCAAAAUUGGGGGGAGGGAUAUAAUAUAUGCGAAGCAGACGUAUACUGGUCAGCAGCAUUCAUCUCCUCUUGAACCUGUUGAUGUACAGAAAAAAUUAAAAGAAGUGGCAGACAAGCUGUUCAUGGAUGGAACUGGACAGAAUAUCUCAGAUUCUGAUAAAUUUUAUGAGAAGGAUAAGUUUGUCAAGGAUCAUGGAUUCGCAUUCAUGGACCAGUUUCCAUCCAGUUCUUAUUCCCAUACUGAGGAAAUUAAAUUCAUACAUAGGAGGAAAGGUGGGUCGAAUAAAAGCCGGCACCACAGUGAGUGGUGUCAAACUGUUCAAUUUGAACCUGAUGUAAUCUCAAUGUCAUUCAUCCCAAUCACUUCUCUGUUGAGUGGAAUUAAUGGAAGUGGAUUUUUGACCCAUGCUAUCAACCUCUACACACGCUACAAGCCUCCAAUUGAAGAAUUACAUCAGUUUUUGGAAUUUCAGCUUCCAAGGCAAUGGGCACCAGUGUUUGGUGAGCUUGCCUUGGGCCCAGAUAGGAAGCAACAUACUGGCCCAUCUCUGCAGUUCAGCCUCAUGGGUCCUAAACUUUAUGUUAAUACAACACCGGUUGAUGUGGGGAUGAAGCCAGUUACUGGCCUUCGACUGUAUUUGGAAGGGAAAAAAAGCAACUGCUUAGCCAUUCACUUGCAGCAUCUUUCCUCGCUUCCUAUGACCUUCCAGCUGGAGCAUGAACAGACUGGCAACAUCUCUGAUCCCUCCUCUGAACGCAAGUACUAUGAGAAGGUUCAGUGGAAGAGUUUCUCACAUAUCUGCACAGCCCCUGUUGAGAGUGAUGAAGAACUUGCAAUUGUGACAGGGGCUCAAUUUGAAGUUGGGGAUUCUGGCUUAAAAAGAGUUUUGUUUUUGCGGCUGCAUUUUUCGAAAGUUAUUGGUGCAGCAACUCUAAGAAAGGCCGAGUGGGAUGGUUCCCCUGCCAUGGUUCAGAAAUCUGGCAUAAUCUCUUCAUUUAUCAGCACUCAUUUUUCAGCUACUCAGAGACCUCUUCCAAAGCAACCUGAGGUUAACAUAAACUCAGCUGUCUACCCUGGAGGCCCUCCUGUGGCUGCCCAGGACCCUAAACUGUUGAAGUUUGUCGACACAACGGAGAUGACAAGAGGACCCCAAGACUCGCCUGGAUACUGGGUUGUGUCUGGUGCAAAGCUUAAUGUUGACAAGGGAAAGAUCUUUCUCCGAGUUAAAUAUUCUCUUUUGACUCCAAUUUUACCCGACGAAGAAGUGUAGUUGGUGUAAGUAGUUGAUCUCAGAUAGGAGAAAGAAAGAUAAAGAGGAGAAGACUGUGAUCGGAGUAUUAUUAGCGAGUUUUGCAAGCCAAGUUUCUGUUCAUUGGGCGGGUUUGAAAUUAUUCAAUGAUGUUGUAUAUAAACCCUUUUCUGGUGUGUAGUGUGUAAUUUAAAGCUUAAUUCCUUAUAACCUUUGUAUUAUUUCCAAAUUUACCAUUGAAGGUUUGUUGAAGAUGAAGCUGAGAUGUAUGCAUAUACAUCGUUUGAUGUGUGUAA